AUGGCGGUAGAUGAAAGUGAAAAAGAUCAUCUCAAUUCUAUAGAAAAAGAGAAAAAACUGAAAAAUGGGAAGCUGGAGCUUUCGACGAUAACCUAUGGAGAUGAAGACGAUGGCAUGAAACCGAAUCUUGAGGCGAAGGCAACUUUGCCGUCACGUCUUCUUUUUUGGUCAGUUAUUUCAAACUUUUUCUGAGUUUUUAUUGGUAUCCGACAUCUACCAAUUAAAAAUUUUCAGCUUUAUCGUUCCCUUCUUCAUGCGAGCUAUGAAAGGCCCCCUUGAAGAAAAAGACCUCAAUCGCCCACUGCCAUCUCUCCAAUCAAAAACAGCUUUUCAGAAGUUGAACAGGUGGGAUUGGCUCUACAUUUUUGAAAAAAAAAUAAGUUUCAAGAAAAUGGAGUGAUUACAAGUACAUGAAGUUCGACAACAUCUUUUUUCGUGCUAUCACUCACACUUUCGGCAAAAAAGUAGCGGCUUUCGGUAUCCUGCUCUUUAUUGAGGUUCGGAAAAAUGAAAAUUCGUUAUAUCAGUCUUUGCGCAGGAGCUCAUUCACAUUGCUCAACCUCUUUUUAUGGGACGCCUUAUGAGUUAUUUUCGUACUGGAUCUACUUUAACCGAACAAGACGCCUACAUUGGUAAAUAUUUUUCCAGGACAGCCAAAAAUCUUUAUUCCAGCUGCCGCUGGAAUUGCUGUGACUUCGCUGAUUUCUCCUCUUAUACAUCAUCCUUAUUUUUAUGGCUUGCUGAAAAUAGGAACGGAAUGUCGCAUCGCCACUUGCACUAUGCUUUUCAAUAAGGUUGAAACCAAGUUGGAAUCUCAAAAAAAAAAAAAUCUUAUUUCAGGGAUUGACGCUCUCGACAAGUGCACUUCAAAAAACGACAGUCGGACAAAUCAUCAACUUGUUAUCAACGGAUGUCAAUAAACUGGAUACGGUGAAUACAUAUAAACAUCCAUUUUGGAUUUUAAUUAAUUGCAGGCUUUUAUGUUUGUCCACUACAUUUGGCUUUCCCCGCUGCUUGUGUUCUUCUAUGGUUAUGCUUUGUGGAUGGAGAUCGGGGUGUCGUCCCUCGCAGGUUGUUGCUCAAUAGUUAAAGUCGCAAAACACGUUCCUCAGGAUUCGCUUGCUUGAUGGUUAUUAUGUGCGUUCAGUAUCACUUUAGUAAGCAAAUGGGACUCUGCAGGUUACUUUUUCCAAAAAAAAAAAACAAUAUUUAUAAAGAAGUUUCGCAGAAAAGAAAUAGCCAAGCGAGCGGAUAAGAGAAUCGGAAUUAUGAACGAAAUCCUAGUCGGAAUCCGUGUCAUUAAAAUGUACACGUGGGAAGAUGCUUUCUCCAAAAUCGUUGCUAAUCUCAGAGGGUUUGGAUUUUGAGCUAUUUUGUGUUUUCAAGACAUUUUUAGAUUCGAGAUGAAAAAAGUGCGGGACAACGCAAUUGCGCAAUCAAUGGUGAUGGGAUUAUUCUACGCGAGUGGCAAAUUAAUCAUUCUGUGCGCAGUUCUGUGCUACGUCUAUCUUGGAAAUGAUCUCACGGCUGAGCGCGUUUUCGUGGCGGUAAGAUACUCGGAAAUAUUCAUCAGAUUUGAAAAAAAAAUGUGAAAAAAAAUUUAAUCGUUUUUAACUCUAAAAGUUACAGUUUGCCCUUUACAACUCGUGUCGCUUGCCCUUCAGCCUUUUUCUACCUUUUGGAUUGCAACUACUUUUUGAGAUGCGAGUUACUGCAAGACGAGUACAAGUACAUAACCGGGAACUUCCCUCAAAAAAAAAUUUAUUUUUUUUCUUAGGAUUUUCUGUUGCUGGAAGAAUUUUCGCAGCAAAAUGCGACUGCCAUCACUCCAGGAAAAGAUUUAGACUCCAGUUUUUCUUCGGACAUCAAAGAAGUGACAGCUUUCCAGAAAGGGUUUCUGAGCUUGUUUUUUCAGACUUUGCUCUCAGUUUCUGAGAAGAGCACAGAUGCCGUUUGUGAAAUAAACAAGUCUAAAAAUUCCUUCAAUGCUGAAGUUGUCUUGCAAAGUUUCACUACGACAUGGAGUGCUGACGAGGUUCUGAAAAUCAAUACAAGGAACUUGUGAAAGGUUUUUUAAGACAUCUGCUGAUGCCACGGCAAUAAAAGGAGCUUCUUUAUCUGCUCGAUGCGGCGAUCUUGUUGCUGUGAUAGGACAAGUCGGCGCUGGCAAGGUAUUACUCACGAAAAAUCAAUAGAGCGUUGCUUGUUGUUUAGUCAUCGCUCCUUUCUUCUAUUCUCGGCGAGGCCAGACCCGUGUCAGGAUCGUUGAAAGUUUCUGGAAGAGUUGCGUACUGCUCGCAAGAAGCUUGGAUCUUUGCCGGAACGAUCCGUGAAAACAUUCUCUUCGGAAGAGAAUAUGAAGAAAAUAAAUACCGUGAGAUAGUCUCGCUUUGUGUGCUAUUACCGGACUUCCAACAGUUCCCCAAUGGGGACAAAGCUCAAGUUGGUGACCGCGGAUCUACUCUUUCAGGUGAGCUCAAGUAGCAUAAGAAGGAUACGGGAGUUGCAAUAAUGUCAAUCAUUCAAUUUUAUAUUUCGAAUAAUCUCAUCUCUCUUAUUGAAAAGUUGCUAUCUCACUGGGAAUGAGAGAAACUUUUCAAUAAGAAAAACUCCCGUAAAAAAUCUGGAAUAAUUAUUGAAAAAAAAUAUAUUUUGCAGUUGACGACUAAUGACUUAUUCAGGCGGCCAACGUGCUCGCGUUUCUUUGGCUCGUGCUCUGUAUUCCGAUGCCGACAUUUACCUUCUUGACGACCCUUUGUCUGCUGUCGACGCCUCAGUUGGUCGACUCAUUUUUGAAAAGUGAUAUCUUCUUUUAUCCGUUUUUUGAAACGUAUUUUAGAUGCAUUUCGGAAUAUCUCAAAAAGAAGAUUGUAAUCCUCGUCACUCAUCAAAUCCAGUUUUUGGAAAAUUUGGACAAAGUUUCACUGAUGGAAAACGGAGAAGUUUCAAAUUACAUAAUGCUAAGGCUCAUGUUUAUUUUUGAGGUGGUCGAGACAGGGAAGCUUGCAGAUUUGCGGGAAAAGCAUUCGCAUUUGUUUGCCGAGAUGAUCAAGGUUGUUUGAUAAGAUCAGUGAAAGUUAUUUCGAAAAACAGGAAGAGAUUGCUGUCGCAACUGCCGGAGACCAACUGGUGAACAGAGUGCCGUCGUACUCGCGAAGGAUCUCUCAUGACCGAAGAGUCUCAGACUCAAGCCAUACUGAAUGUUCAACGCCACAUGGUGAUUAUGAAAAUAGAAAACCAAUUCAGAUGACAAAAGUAAAAUGUGCUCAUGACAAAAAUUGUUCGAAUCAUGCUCAUUUGAAUUUUCUGUUAUUUUCUAAUCCUUAAUCUUGAAAUUUCAUACUGAAUUAUGAUUAGCUCAAAACUAUUGAUUUCAAGAAAUUGACUCGCCAAAAGGAGAAAGCUCGUUCCAUCUGCCUACAAAAGAUGUUGAAGAAGUUGAAGAGCCAGAAAAACAGGAGGAAAGCCGCAGUCAAGGUUGUUGAAACAAGAAUCUUCAGAAACUCAUUCUUCUGACAGGAUCUGUACCGCUGUCUGUGUAUUUCACUUACGUCAAAUCGAUGUUCACACACGGCUUCAUGGCGAUCCCGCUGCUCAUUUUUGUGCUUCUGGUUCAAGUGUUGUUCAACGUUGUCGAUUGGUGGUUGAACAGAUGGUGAGUUUUAAAAACAGAAAAAAGUAAUAAAAAAGUUCCAGGACAACAGCUUACGAAAAUUAUGUGGUGCAAAAAAAUAGCAGUUUUGAAAACGCUUCUGUGACAAAGCCAGAUCAGUACAAAGAGAAGUACACAGUUUUUGGAAACGUCAUAGAGAUCUCGUUGGACGAUUACAAAAACUCUUUUAUUGUGCUCACACUCAUCAUGGUUGCGUGCGCUGUCCUGAGGUAGGAUAAAAAAUACCGAACCACAUUUGAAACCAAAGUGUCAAUUCCAGAUGCAUGUGGUUCCGAAUGACGCAGAUCACAGCUUCUAGAAAUCUCCACAAAUGGAUGUUCGACGCUGUUGUUAACACUCAUAUGUCAUUUUUUGAUAACAACCCAAUCGGUAACUGAUCUACCAGAGGACUAGAAUAAAAUACAAUUUGAGGUCGUAUUCUCAACAGAUUUUCCAAGGACGUUGGCACAAUGGAUGAUAGUCUUUCUUUUGUCUUCUUCGAGUUCUUUAUGGUGCUUUUCACUCACUUUUUGCCUCUACUGCAAACCAACUUUACCCUCUUCAAUUUUUCAGGGGACCUUGAAUUUUCUGGGUGUCAUUUUUGUCAUUUGUGCUUUGAAUCCCUUUGUGCUACUGUCCACGUCGCCAUUGCUUAUUAUCUUUUUCCUGAUCCGCAGUGUCUACGUUUCAACUUCACGAGAACUCAAGCGACUGGAAGCCACAAGUAAGACCACUUCAAAAUUUCUAUAUUUUUUCUUGUUUUUACCUUUGUCCUGUCUAUACAAUGAUAGCAACAAAAAGGAAAAAUCUUCGAAUUUUCAAAUACAGCUCGAAGCCCUCUUUACUCUCACAUUUCUGCUACCAUGAACGGACUCAUGACGGUUCGCGCCUUUGGACGUCAAGAUGAAAUGCAGAGACUUUUCAAUCAAGCUCAGGUUUGCUUUAAUUCUAAAGAGGAAAAGUCACGGGAAAGCUUUUAGGAUAAAAACACGGCAGCUUUUGGAUUGACUCUUGUUACUGCCCGUUGGUUUGCCCUGUACAUCGACGUCCUUGUUUCCGCCUUCAUUGCCGGUGUCGCUUUCAUUUCUGUCCACCGUUACGGUAUUUACAAAUUUGUCGCUCACUUCGAAAGAUUUUUCUAUAGGCGUUCUAUCAUCUGGAGAAGUGGCUUUGAUGCUGGUUUAUGCCGUUCAACUUACUGGAUUUUUUUCCUGGAUCAUGCGCCAAUCAGCUGAACUUCAAAAUGGUGUAAGUUCACUCUGAAACCGAGAUAUCCUCCAAAAAUUUUGUACAUCAAGCGAUGAUUUCACCAAAAUGUUUUGGAUUCCCUAAGUGAGUCCAAAAAGCGUUUUAUGUUAUACAUAUGCAGUUACUGUGGGACUACGAAAUUCGCUUUCAAAGUUUGAAGAGAUGGGAAAGUUCAGAAAUUUUGAAGAACAAACCGACUACAAUUUAAUCUCAGUUGAGAUGAAACUUUAGCCACACGUCAAAGAAAAAACAAACGAGUUUUCGGAGCUUUCACGGCUUGUCUCUCAAAAAUAUAUACGAACUUGGAACUUGAGUCGUCCUUGCUUUUUAGCUAGCAUAUCAAGAGCUGUGAACAAUGAUUUUUAAAAUUUUCAAAAAUUAUAGUAUUUUCUAAAUUUUAAGUUUUUCUAAAACUCUUAUACGAAAGUUAGCGAACUUUCAAUUUUUUGAAAACAAGAGCAUCAGGAAAGUUUUUAAGAUGGUUUCUGUUGAACGAAUCGCCGACUACGCUGAUCUCCCAUCUGAGCAUGCUAGCGACCGUAAAUCGAUGUUUGAAGAAAAAGAAAAAGCGCUUGGAACCAGUUGGCCUUCCGGUGGUAGGAUUCAGGUAAUCCACCGAGUUCUGAAACUUGUCGUAUUUGAAAUUUUUCAGUUCAACAAUGUUAACGUGUUUUAUGAGAGCGAACAAGUUCUGAAAAAUGUUUCUUUUGACAUUCCAUCGAAACAUAAGGUUUAACUCUUUAUUGAAACACGUGUCAUUUGGAGCAUUCAGGUUGGAAUUGCUGGACGCACCGGAGCCGGAAAAUCGACUCUAUUACGGGUCCUCUUUGGUUUGAAACCAGCAGACAAUGGAACUAUCGUGAUCGACGGCAUUGACGUUCGGGACAUUUCUCUGAAGUAUCGUCGUCAGAACAUGGCCAUCAUUCCUCAGGUUACUAGUCUUUUUUUUUCAAACAAAAACUAUUUUUCAAGGAACCAGUUCUUUUCAUUGGAACUCUUCGUAGGAACCUCGAUCCUUUUGAUGAAUAUUCGGAUGACGUUUUGUGGGACGCUUUGGAGCAGGCGAAUCAAAAGUGUUUCCAGACUAAUCUUAGCUGAAAGUUUUCAGGUAGAGCUAAAAGAAGUCGUUAAAGAUCUCAGCGGAGGACUUCUUGCUUCAAUGCAAGAAGGCGGAGUGAACUUCUCGGUAGCUGAAGAUAAAAUCCUUUCAGUUUCUAGUUCCACGUUCAGGUCGGUCAGCGUCAACUUGUUUGCCUUGCUCGUGCUCUGAUUCAUCACGCGAAGAUCUUGGUUAUCGAUGAAGCAACAGCAAAUGUCGAUGCUAGGUAGCUUUUCAUCUCGACUCCCGUUAUGUGCUUUAUUUUUAGAACUGACUCUCUGAUCCAACAGACCAUCCGGACUCAAUUCGCUGAGUGCACAGUCCUCACUAUUGCUCAUCGUUUGAACACGAUCAUGGAGUGCGAUGAAGUGAUGGUCAGUACGAUAAACUGUAAAAUAAAGCGUCACAUUGAAUCUUGAAGGUUUUCGAGAAGGGAGAAAUGAUCGAGUUUGACAGCCCAAAAGUUCUUAUGGAAAACUCUGACUCGGCUCUCUGGCAGCUCGCCAAAAAAACUGGCCGUGAGAAUGCUCUUCUUCUGAGAAAGGUUCGCUUUUUUUCAGUUUUCUACAGGAAUGUUUCUGUUUUCAGCUAGCUCAAGAACUCCACAGCGGCGAGAAAAAAACAUAA